CAUGUUGGGGGGAUUACCGUCGUGAGCAGUACUGAUAGCAGCGUAGCUUUUCCGAGUUAGCUUCAGUUCUUUUUCCACCUUAAGCCGAGUGUGCUUUUAAAUUCAAAAAUGGCUCGUUGGUGUUGCAUAAAAGGCUGUUCGAGUAAAACAGGACACUUUGGCAUAAAGUUUUUCAGGUUUCCCGUCUAUAGAAAAGACCGUGGACAGCAAAUGGAAGAUCUAAGCAGGAGACGCAGGUUGGCCUGGGUUGCAGCUGUCAGGCGCAAGGAGAUCACAUUCAAUCAGAUAUCAGCGAACAUGCGUGUUUGUUCACUGCAUUUUCAUAAAGGUCAGCCAGCUUAUGAGAUGAUGGAAAGUGAUGCGGACUGGGCUCCAUCUCUACGUCUGGGUCACACUGACGUUAAACCGACUGACGCAGCACGCUAUGCAAGACGACGUAAACGAGACCAGCAACGUAACAGCACAUCACAGGAAGCUGAGUUAGUGGCGCAGCAGGAUGAAGACGUUUGUGGCCAUCAUGUCCUGGAGGAGGCUGAUCUGUUUGCUGAGGUGCAGCUGGAAUGCGUUUCAGAUCCGACUGAUGAAUCUGAACAGAUUGCUGAACAGGGGACUGUCAUCCCUGAAUGUGAAGCAUGUGCCCUUAAGUCGGCAGAAAUAAAUAGACUCAGAGAAGAAAAUGGAGAACUGAGGCAGCAGGUGAACAGAGUUAAGUUCAGUGAUGGCUUUUUUUCCGAAGAUGACAAUGAUAAAGUAAGACAUUAUACAGGACUGCCUAAUCUUCAAACCUUCAUGCAAAUACUGUCACUGCUGGUUUCUGUCACAAACCCCAAAAAGACACUUCUCACACCAUAUCAAAUGCUGCUUCUGACAUGUAUGCGGCUAAGACUCGAUGUACCUGUUUAUCUCCUUGCUGAUCUGUUUUUUGUUUCACCUAGUACUGUCUACAGGGCUUUCAGCGAUACUGUGUCACAAUUAUAUACAAUCCUGCAACCUUCUAUUGUGUGGCCAGACAGAGACACAUUGCGUAAAGUUAUGCCACACGAGUUUGUGCAUUCAUUUGGAAAUAAGGUUGCUGUGAUUAUUGAUUGCUUUGAAAUUUUUACAGAGAGACCAUCUAAUGUCAAAGCCCGGGCCCAGAUGUUUUCAAGUUAUAAGCACAACCACACCAUGAAGUACCUGAUAGGAAUUACACCCAGAGGAGCCAUCUGUUUUUUGUCCAAAGGAUGGGGGGGGGCGUACAAGUGACAAGCAUAUCACACUUAAUAGUGGAUUUCUUGAUAAAUUGUUGCCAGGGGACAUUGUUUUGGCUGACAGAGGUUUUGAUAUUCAAGAACAUGUUGGGAUGUUGUGUGCUGAGGUGAAACUCCCUGCUUUUACAAAAGGCAUGUGUCAGCUAGAUGCAAAAAACGUGGAGGAAACUAGAAAAAUAGCACAUCUGAGAAUCCAUGUUGAAAGGGUGAUUGGAAAUGUAUGUCAAAAGUAUAAGAUCUUGUCAGGUACAAUGCCAAUCUCUCUGAUACUGCCAUGUGAGUGUGAGGAUGUAACGCUUUUAGAUAAAGUGGUUACAGUGUGUUGUGCAUUUACAAAUCUUUGCCCAACUGUAAUUAAAUAAUGUGACAGUUACUGUAAAUGAUUUAUGACACAAUGAAAUGAAAUAAACAUACAAAAUGUUCAACUGUUGUCAUAAGAUUUACAUCCACAUAUUGAAUUUUGGUGGUUCUUAAUUGUUACCUGUCGUGAUGCAGAA